AUGGCACUGGGAUCAAAUAUCUGGAUCAUGGUGUAGCACGCUGAGAAACUUAAAAAUCGUUCACAGACCAUAUUAUAUUAUAUUAGGACUUAGUUGUAGUUAGAUGGACGAAAUUAAUUUAAGUUCGCCGCUGUUACUAAACUUGACUAAACAAAGGAGUGAUUUCCAGGUUGGAAGACCAUCUAAUAAGGAACAAGAACAAUGUGUUGAAGAUCAAGAUCAGGUUAAAGUAAAAAAAAGAAAGAUUUCACAAAGGAUGAAAACUAUACAAAGGAGCUGAAAAGAACUGAAGACAACAAAACCUCCAAUGAUGAAACUACACGUACACUCCCUUUCAUAUCAUCUCUUUUUAAACAUAAUCCUGAAAUUCCAGUUGUAGAACUUGCUAGUGUUAAGCAGAAAGAAGAGCCAUUGUUCUUAGACCAGGAAUUUGCAGAUCUAAAACUUCACCCCCACUUGAUUGCCUGUUUGCGGGAUAGAUUUGAAAUUACAAAGAUGACAGCUGUACAACAAAAGACUAUUCCAGUGCUGCUUUCUGGAAGGAAUGCCUUAGUGAAAUCCUUGACAGGGUCUGGUAAAACUUUAGCUUAUGCUAUUCCAAUCAUUCAGAAAUUGCAAGAAAUUACUCCCCAAUUAAAGAGGUCUGAUGGAAUACAUGCUGUAGUGAUUGCACCUACCAGAGAACUGGUCAUCCAGAGCUAUGAAUAUUUCGAGACCCUGUGCAGGGCAUUCACUUGGCUUGUUCCUGGUUAUCUGAUUGGAGGGGAAAAAAAGAAAUCUGAAAAAGCAAGGAUUCGUAAAGGGCUGUCUAUAUUGAUCAGCACACCAGGACGAUUACUCGAUCACAUCGAACACACAGCAAACUUGUCUUUUAGCAAUGUCAAAUGGUUUAUUAUUGAUGAGGCCGAUAGACUUUUAGACAUGGGUUUUCAGCAAGCCAUUGUAAAGAUCGCUGAAAAGUUGAACGAACACUCUUCUGACUCUCUACAGACUGUGCUUCUGUCUGCCACAUUAACUAAAGAAGUUGAAAACUUAGCUGGUACGACCCUCACCAAACCUGCAGUUAUUGAUCUUGCCGCUCUUUCUGAAGAAGUUGCCAUGACCUGUGAGGAUUUUGUAGUCCCAUCGCAGUUGGAACAGCAUUUUAUCAUAACCCCAGUAAAGCUUCGACUGAUCACGUUGUCUUCCUUCAUUGUUGACAAGUUAGCUUUAGGUGGCUUGAAAGCUUUAGUAUUUAUGUCAACCCAGGAUGUAGUUGACUUUCACAGUGACUUGUUUUCUGAAAUGUUGCAAAAGCUUUUAGCAGACAGUGGCUAUUCAGUUUUGUUCUUCAAACUCCAUGGUAAUAUGCACCAACAGGAUCGGGUUAAAGUUUUCAACGAGUUCAGAGAGUGUCGGGCUGGUAUUCUUCUAUGCACUGUAAGUAUUUGUAAGUGCAAAUCGCAUAAUAAAGGAAAUAACAUUGUGAUUAACUUCAUUGGAGAAUUGUGA